AUGAAGACCAGAAUUGACAUUCUUGAACAACUGGAUAUAAGUGUUAAGAAUAGUUGGCUGCUCACCAUAUUGUCAUUUAUGGCACUCGUCUUUUUUUUGCAAGCCAGUUCCAAUGAAAAACAACUUAAAAGAUUCGUGAUCAAUAAUAAUGGCUUUGGGACUUAUAGUUUCGAAUACGAAACAUCGGAAGGAUCGUUCAGGAAAGAAGAAGGCGGACUCUUGAGUAAUUCUGGGGGCUCUUUCGUUGUACGAGGUGAAUACGGGUAUAUAGAUCCAGGUGGACACAGACAUGCCAUUAAAUAUAUCGCCGACGUCAACGGGUUUCAACCGCAGUUUGGCGAAGAUCAUUUUGCUAUACUUGUCAGGAUUUUUUACUCAGAGAUGAAACCGAUUGAACGCCAGCUUAGAUUGACUGUUAGAGUGACUGCCACACCCCGUCAAUACGUUUUCAUAUUAGGCGAUCAAAAGUCGUCGUCAGAAUAUUCGUAUUUAACGAUGCAACGUGAAGACGUUGAGCUGAGACGUAUAUUUCCGGCUGAGUUCCCUCAGGACACAAUAAGGAGAAGCGGCUCAGUCGAUGCAGAACAUUUAGGCCGAUUCAAUGAAUUGGAAAGGUAUUUCAAGAAUCCAAAAACAAAGCUAAACAGUCAUUUCGAAGAAUUAGUUUGUUACAACAACGGAAAUAAAAAGAUUUGCAAAAUUGAUGUCGAACGGUACUCACCUGAAGAGAAUGCAUAUUAUAUGUCAAGAAACAAAGAAAGUCAUACGGACCGUCGCCGAUUCGUGAUCGUCGCCCUUGUCGCCGUAGCAUCGGCUGCUCCCCAAAACCCUCAGGACGUACAGAUCCUUCGCUAUGACAGCAACAACGAUGGCUUGAACGCUUACGACUUUGCUUGGGAGCUGUCGGAUGGCAGUAAACACCAAGAACAGGGUCAACUGAAAAACCAAGGUACAGAAAAUGAAGCUAUAUCGGUUCAAGGACAGUACUCUUGGGUGGCACCUGACGGAAUCACGUAUACUGUUACGUACAUCGCCGACGAGAACGGUUUCCAGCCACAAAUCCAACAAGGAGCUGGAGGAGCAAUACCGCCAGCGGUCAUAGCUUCCCUCGUCGGCUAAAUUACAUAAAUAUAAUUAGAAAAUAUUGC